CACACACUCACAAAAAUGGCCGCUAAGUUGAUCAUCUUCACCGCCUGCGUGGCUUCUGCUCUCGCCCAAUACCCCGCCCCAGCCUACAAGCCCGCUUACUCAGCACCAGCUUACUCUGCACCAAAGGCUUACGCCCCAGAGCCCGCAUACGCCCCAGCCCCAUACAACUUCGAAUACAGCGUAAACGACCCACACACUUACGAUGUCAAGAGCCAAUCCGAAUACAGCGACGGCAACGGUUACGUCAAGGGAUCUUACAGCCUUUUGGAAGCCGACGGUUCCACCCGUACCGUUGAAUACACCGCCGAUGACUACAACGGUUUCAACGCCGUCGUCAAGAACGAAGGUGGAUACAAGGCCCCAGCUUACUCCGCACCGGCCUACAAGCCAGCUGCUUAUGCCGCACCAGCCUACUCCGCACCAGCCUACAAGCCAGCUGCUUACGCCGCCCCAGCUUACUCCGCACCAGCCUAUGCUGCCCCAGCUUACCCAGCACCAGCAUACUCUGCCCCGGCCUACAAACCAGCCUACAAACCAGCAUACUAAUAACUUCCUCAGCCAUGUAAACCAACUCUCUUCUUCGCCCCCUUUUUUUUCAUGUUUUCUUCGUGUACCUCUGGGCCAUCGCGUUCAUAUUGAACCGUGGUUGCAAAGUCAUACAUUGCCACAUAUUAAUAUAAUAUAAGACAAUGGGUACGACUUAUGUAUUUAUUGUGUAAAUAUAUAUAUCAAUGUGUAUUUAUUGAAAAUA